AACACGAACUGGUCCACCCCCCUCUCGCUCGAUCCACGCAAUCUCGCGCAUCGAACUCGAACCCGAACUCGAACUCGAACGGGAUCAGUUAGAACCACCUGGGGCACGGCCUGGAGGCCAUCGCCAUUAGGGAGGCCACCGAUCUCUGCAGUUUUAGUGGGCAGCUUGGCAAGCUUGGUAGGCCGCAUUGGUCCGUUUUUGGGGCAAGGGACAUGUACUCAGCGAGUCCAGCUACCAGAAUAGGAGCAACAUGGAGCUACAGGUCACAUGUGAUUCCCUGCAAAGACUGUUUGAACCACUGAAAUCAUGCCACGUCUUUCUUUCACUUCCUCAAGUCGGGCUCAAGCACCCCAAAAACGACUGCAAACCCCUAUCCGCCUUCGGCAUCCUUCGGCACCAUGCCUCACGUCUUCAACUACGAGGAGAACAAGUUCGAGCAGGUGCACUACAACAAGGUGCCUCAGCGACCCACCACCCAGGUGAACAAGCGUCAACGCACACAGGAAGCCAUGAAGUUCUUGCUGAAGCAGGAGGACAUUGAGAACAAGAAGCACGAGGCUCACCUGCGCCGCAAGGAGGACUAAGAUGGCUGAGCUCCUGGGAUAGUCCGGCGCGAUCCGAUGUGAGUGGCACACGGUAUGAGUGGCACCCUGCCCCUGCACUGCGGUCGUGGGACAAAAUACGAGACGGAGAGUGAGGUGGCUCUGACAGGGAAAAUCCUUCCAGGAAACGGCGACGUCCGGAAGCGUCGUGCCAGCGAGGUGGAGCCGAAGACGAAGUGCCCGACGGAGCUGACGCUGUUGGCGCUGUUGGAACACGGCAGUGCCAAGGACAUGUCAAUCAUCAAAGGCUUGACCAGCGAUGACAUCAAGAAGGUCAUGGCCUCUCGGAAGCGUGGCCGCGGCAUGGCCGGAGAUCUGCAGACGCUGCCGGCCGUGCUGCAGCGGAAGAUCUCCAUUCGCCAGCUCAUUGCUGAGAACGGCGUAGCCUAGACGGCCACCGGAGAAGGGGUGGCAGCUGGUGGGUGGCAUUGUUUGAGAAAGCCGG